UUCCCCCCGCCCCGUCAGAGCGGCAGCCUCACUGGACCUGUGUGUCGGAUCAAGUGUGUGAAGAAACCAGCAGCUUGUCAUCAUCGUUUAGAGUCAGAGUCUUUGGUUUUCACUCACGGAUACUCGUUGUUUCUCACAGCUGAUCUGUGCGCAAACGUAACAACCCGCUUGGAUACCUGUCGCCAUGGGAGGAAGACGCAGAGGCGCACAUGACGAAAACUACUCCUUUAUCAGUCCAGUCGUCAAGUACCUACUGUUCUUGUUCAAUUUAAUAUUCUGGGUAAUCUCCCUGGUGAUGGUAGCUAUCGGCGUGUACGCCCGCAUGAUGAAACAUGCAGAGGCCGCUCUGCGGUGUCUGUCGGUGGACCCCGCUGUAAUGCUGCUGGUGGUGGGGGUCCUCAUGUUCAUCCUCACCUUCUGUGGCUGUGUGGGCUCGCUGCGAGAAAACAUCUGCCUCCUUCAGACGUUCUGCAUCUGUCUGACGGUGAUCUUCCUGCUACAGCUGGUUGCCGGGGUCCUGGGCUUCGUCUUCGCCGAUAAGGCUCGGAAUAGAGUGACUGUGAUGAUCAACGAUGCCAUCGUCCACUACAGAGAGGACAUCGACCUGCAGAACCUCAUAGACUUUGGUCAGAAAGAGUUUGGCUGCUGUGGGGGUGUGACGUACAGCGACUGGUCCCAGAACAUCUACUUCAGCUGCGAGCCGGAAAACCCCAGCAGAGAGCGCUGCUCCGUGCCCUUCUCCUGCUGCGUCCUCAACAAGGACGAGAACGUGAUCAACACCAUGUGUGGCCAAGGCAUGCAAGAGAUGGAGUACACUGAGGCUGGAAACCAUAUCCACGUCAACGGCUGCAUCGACAAACUGGUGGACUGGAUCCACAGCAACCUGUUCCUCCUGGGGGGGGUCGCCCUGGGACUGGCCAUUCCACAGCUGGUCGGCAUCCUCCUGUCUCAGAUUCUGAUCAGCCAGAUCAAAGACCAGAUCGAGCUGCAGAACUACAACCUGAAGCACCACUCGGACCCGUGGAGAUGACCCAGACUGGAUCAGUCCAGAUUCUGGUGAUAGGCACCAGAACCACAACUGCCUGAAAACCUUUUUUUUGUAGCAGCCUGGAUUAUGCAUCCAGCAUCAUUGCUUUGACUUAAAAACAUGUGACUAAUAUUGAGCCAGCAUGUGGACAAGCCAUUACUAUUGGCCAGGAUGUGGAGGUUAGUACACACAGAGGAGACGAAAGGAGAAACUGGACUCUGCCGCCACCUGCUGGACACAAACCAAGCUGGAUUUUAGCAAACUUUUUGAUGGACCAAAACAGAGGCAGGAGGAGUAUUUGGUGAUCAGGGUCUUGUUGACAGUUAACUGCUAACUGACUGAAAAGGCAAUUACAUUUUUCCACAUUUUGUAUAUUUUUUCAAAAUAAAAGAAUGCCGGUCAGAAUGUGUUAUGCAUGCUCCGUCAUGAUCCUUACAGCUGCUGGCGUCUGUGGCAUGCAUCAGAUAUUUGGCAGGUUGUUUAAAUGAAUGUCGCUUUGUAGUUGAAAUAUCUGUGAAGAGUACAAAGCUUUGCCUACUUACAAUACUUUCACAAGCUUAUGUGUUAAAAAGCGUGUCUCAAAGUGCCUUUUACCCA